UUGGACGUUUUGAUAUGGCUGGCUGAUUACCGAAGUUUUUGUUCAUCAGUAACUCCAUUAUUGCGGGUUGUAUUCGGUGUGUUUUUUACAUUAAGACUUCAUCACGGGUAUGUUACUAUUCUAUCCUACAUCGCCCCGACGAGUUGAUUUGAGCGGAAAAACUGACCUCAUUGGCUCCGAUCAGCUCAGCUUGAAAACAGCUUUAUACAACAACAGCAAUUUGAUUCGGAUUUAGCUUGCAUCAUCAGAAGGAUGAUUUACCUCUGACCUUUGACCUGGGCUCCCUCUAGGCAUCAUGCCUGUUUACAGUAAAUGGAUUGGCACAAUCAUCGACCACAACGGGCUCAAGUACAUCUGUUUCAAUCACAUGGUGACGACGUACAUCUUAACCAGCAUGGUGAUGUUUCUUAUGACUCUCAUCAACAUGAUGUCUUCUCCUCGUCUUGCCUCUAUCGCUAUGUCCGCUCUUGUUUCUCUUUUCAUCCUGAUGCUGUCCAUCAAGUUUGCAUACCAAGUGGCGCAUGGCUUCAAGACUCAGUUUGAACUCCACUGAAAAUCAAAGUCUCUCUAGAGAGAGGAUCUGGUCAUUUAUUUAUCUACUAGUGAAUAAAAGACUAUGCUUCCCCUUUAUGUUCAACUGACAGAAACAAGGGUUGACAAUUUUAGUAUCAAGCACAUUUUCUUCAACUUUCUCCUGUCCUCUUGCAUCUCUAGCUGCCUCAUCCUGUUCAUGUUGGCGAUAGUCAACGCCGGUACUCCACGUCUUACCGUCGGUGCUAUGCUCUCUCUCAUGACUCUUCUUGUACUUACCUUAUCCAUCGAGUGCGCUCAUAAUAUCAUCUUCUGGUUACUCGUCAGCCACGAGAUUCAAGGUGUCCUUGAGCAGCGGAGUUUGUGACCAACAUGAGUUCCUCUUCCCAGGUGGACUCCGAUAGUAUCGGGAUGGCGAGCUCCGUCGAUGAAAAUGAAUCUCCUUCCAUCUCACAGACGAUGACUUUUCUCGUCGAUGCGGAAAUGCACGAAUCGGCAAUCAUAGAGAUGCUGCCGGACACCGGGGAUUGCCCGGUGUACGGACUCGUCUUGUGCUGCUGGAACAACAUCCUCGGCCCGCAUUCUAAAUGCGUGUGGCUCACCGAAGACAAACAAAAAUUCACCCGGGAUCAUAUCCACUACUUAUCUACGCGUAUGUUGACGUCUUGCGAGCAGCCACAGUCCACCAUUGACUCAAAGAUUCUGAUUCUUCCAGAUCGUGGGAUCGUCGUUGCGGUGUUUUUAUUCAGCGGGCAUGACCGGGAUGAGAAGACUAUCUUUGCGCUGUCGUUGGUCAUACCACACGAGGAGUACACGUGGUAUCUACCCAUUCAUGAGAUGUGCUCAGAAAGAUUAACUGGCAUGAUAAGGAAACUCAGGGUUCUACAAGACAAAAACAAAGAUGAAUUACAGACUACUGGCUCUGCGCUAGAGGCGUUCAGUGCAGAGGUACCGUCUUUUAUUCAACUUGUGACUUUGCUCAAGACUCAUGGUGUGUCCUCAAGGAUGGAGCUGCGAGACACGGUUUUUGCUUCAGGGCAAGUCCGGCAACUUGACGUACAUUUUACAAGAAUAGCAAUAGGUUCACACCUUCAGAGCUGCGGCUGUUCAAUCAUCGUUGGAAACACUCCUGCUGAUGUGAAUUUGAUGAUAAGUACUCUUGCUAUCUUCCUUACUCCUUCCGAGCGACAAUGUUGCCUGUACCUGGAUAACAUGCCCAGGACCUACCAAAAAGAUGUCCUCAUCCAAGGAUUCGUCAAGGACUCGAUUAAUCUGGAUGAUUUCCUGCCUGUCAUCAUGACUAGUCAGUACCCCACCACCUUGAUAGAUAUGGUUACACUAGAAGUGAGACAGACACUACGCUACAAUGAGCAUGCAUUUAGACGCCAUGAAACCAUGAGUCAAGAGCUACGGAGCCUCUGGUUAGGCAGUGAUAAACCAAUGCUCUAUACCCCAAUAUUCCACUUCUCCCUGAAGCCUGAGGUGGAGACAAUUGUGGAGACUUUCUUGAAAGAGAUAUUAAUGUUGCAGUCUUCACAAUGUGGAGUGAGGGAGGCCUUCAUUGAAGAGUUCCUCCACAUGCUGGAUAGGAAAGCUCUGUCUCUCAUCAAAUAUGUAGAGGAAGAAACUAACCGUGGCAACAAGCCAAAUCGUCUGGCAGUCCGGCACCUGAAGCACGACCUUCACUUGACCCCAGACGGAAACUUCCGCAUCGUCCUAGCUGCAGCGGAGAAGCUCAAACCAGGUAUUUACACGUUGGUUUGUGGUAACCCGGGGCAACCCAGGGACUCUUAUGCCGAUCUGGUGACCUAAUGUCGUCUAGUUUGUCAGAUUGUACCUGCCUGAAAUUCUGUAUUCUUGAGAAAACCGGAAAUUUUAAGGCGUUGAGAGCGAGUCCAAGAAACAACGACAACCGUUAUGGUGAAGUGAUUUUGAUGCAAUGGCAAAGUUACAUGUAAACUGCAGCAUUUUGAGAGAAAGUUUGCUCAUUUUACAGUAUACAACACUACUCAAAUACAGCUGAUUUAUAAACAAUGUUUAUUCAUGCAAACAGUACUUUAUUAUUGAAAACCAUGUAAACCGUGGUUGAGACUCCUGGGGAGACUGUUCACAGGAGCAUAAUCAGGUUACCAGCCAAAACACAAUGCAAUUUAAUAUACGACUUUUGACUUCUUCUAACGAUCCCUUAAAAACAAACCAAUCUUUCAAUGUUCUGAUGAGCAAAUUUGACAAGAUUCCUGAUUACUGAAACUUUGUUGAAUGUAAUUUUAAAUAUCUCCUUGAUUGUUGUACAAAAUUUCCCCGAUUGUCGUACAAAAUCUCUCCGAUUGUCGUACAAAAUCUCUCAGAUUGUCGUACAAAAUCUUUCCGAUUGUUGUACAAAAUCUCAACGAUUGUUGUACAAAAUCUCCCUGAUUGUGGAAAUUUUGUCCCUAUUAUGUUGAAUGUAAUUUUAAAUAUCUCCUUGAUUGUCGUACAAAGUCUCCUCAAUUGUUGUACAAAAUCUCCCUGAUUAUGUUAAUUUUCCCCCUAUGAUGUCAAAUCUACUCAUAAUAUCUCCCCAAUCGCAAGAUGCAAAUGUUGGCAACUAUGAGCGAGUUCGAGUGGGCACAUUUAGUCCACCAGUGGUCGACCACAGACUAGCAAUGCACAUGCGCAGUGACGUACUCACCCGAACGACU